AUGGAGCAACCUAAGAAGUCUACGUCUGAAAUUGAUGAGAGGCUUGCGACAAUCAAGUUAGCUUUCGAUGUGAAGUGGUUGUCUGAAAAACAGAGUGAAUCUUCCUCUAAGCAUGGAAACAUGUCCACGAAUGACGAUUCAUCAGAAACUCGCGACAGCAGCAGCAUCAGUAAACGAAGGCGACCUAAGGCGAACUGUGUGGAGACAAGAUCUGAGCUUCCGGAUCACCCCAUUCAUGGUUUUGUAAACGAGGUCUUGUUCUUGAAGAACUUCUUGCUGAAGCGAAAGGAUUCCGAAGAGUUCAAGACUCUAGCGAUUGUUGGGAAAUAUGGAGUUGGGAAAACGACAUUGUGUCAGGUUGUGUUCAACGAUGAAGAUGUGAAACAAGCUUAUCUCCCGAGGAUAUGGGUGUCAAUGUACAGCAAAGAAACAGAAGAAGAUGAAGAUCCCAAGAUAGCUGUUGUGAAGAGAAUCUUGAGAUCACUUGGAGUCGAAGAUGAGAUGUUGAAACACAUCAAAACAGAUGCAGAAGAAGAGAAGAGAAGCAAAGAUGAAGCUGGGGAAAGAGAAGAAGAGACGGUUAAAGAGAAAGAGCUCUCUAGAUUCUUGUAUGCUCUUCACACGAAUCUGAUUGGGAAGAAGUAUAUGAUCGUGUUGGACGACGUUUGGGGAGAUAACGAGUGGGAUCAGAGGCUUGAUGAGGAGAAGAAAAUUCAACAGGAGAAAACACAUCUUUCUUGUGGGUUUCCUAAAGGGUUUGGUGGGAGAGUGAUUGUGACGAGCAGGGACGAGAGAUUGGGUAAGAAGAUAGUCGGAGAAGAAGAGAAUGUGCUGCGUUUGUUUCCGAGAUCCGAUGCAGAGAGCGUGUGGGAGAUUUACAGCGAUGCAGUUGGAGCACCCAUGAAAGUGAAUCCGAGGUAUCCAGGGAGAUUCAAACAAGAGCUUAUGGAUAAGUCUUGUGGUGUUCCUUUGGCUGCUCGAAUGUUGGCCAAGAUUGAGCCUGUGAAAGUGGAUGAAACCGGAGGAGACGUGGAGAAGUAG